UGUAUCAAACCACAAAGUGUUUGCUCAAAACAAAGACAAAGGAUCAAGGUAGAAACCAAUUUAAUAUACCACCGCGUGGUACCUGUGCCACCGGUUGUGACCGCCGUAAGAAAAGCCCAAUAACAGGUGGCUCCGCGCCGCGGCAGGUGAAUCAGUUUCUUUUUUUUUCUUUUUUCAACUUUUCUAGUCGAUGUACGUUCCAUUGUUUUCGAGCGACAUACACAGUACUUACCUGACAGGGCGUAUUGAAGACGUCGUGUCCGAAACUUAAUCCGUUGGUCGUGCAAGCCACAAGUGUCAGCAGGAGAAAAGAGAAAUGACGAUUUUGAGGAAGAAUGUGUCGCGAUAGAUGCAACUGAUUGCAUCGUUUCUCGUCGAACAGGUAGAGGUUAUAUGUACGAUAUUUUAUCAGUGGUGUAUGUAUGAAAGCUCGUGGCUGUGAUAAAAUAAACAGCAAAAUAAUGCCGCCGUCAUCCCAUACAAAUUGGACUAAGCCCCUUUUGAAGAAUAGACAAACAAUGCAAAUGCAAGCGAAACGAACGACAUGCACAGCACAGAAUCAAAAUUCAAACGGUAGUGGUACGGAACACAAUGGUAUUCCGCUCGAUAGAAGAAUCAAAGUCGUUCUAGUAGGUGAUGGUGCUGUUGGAAAGACCAGCCUCGUUGUAUCUUAUUCGACGAAUGAUUUCUCCGGAGAAUACGUGCCCACUGCUUUCGAUAAUUAUAAUGUGGUUGUUAAUGUCGAUGGUCAGCCAGUAAAUAUUCAGCUGUGUGAUACAGCAGGACAAGACGACUUUGAUCCUUUGCGAUCAUUAUGUUAUCCAGAAACAGAUGUGUUCCUAGUCUGCUUCAAUGUUGUAUGCCCUUCUUCUUAUCAUAAUGUAGCAUCUCGUUGGAUAAAUGAAAUACGAAAAUAUUGCCCAAAUGCACCCAUUAUUUUGGUAGGCACAAAGAGUGAUUUAAGGCCAGAUGUACAUCGUACAUUACAAUUAGCAAGAUAUGGCCAAACGCCGAUUACAACUACCCAAGGUCAUCAAUUGGCUCAAAGAGUAGGUGCUGUAAGUUACGUAGAGACAUCAGCAUUAACUCAACAUGACCUUAAAGAGGCAUUUGACCAAGCAAUAGUUAGUGCUCUUAACACAAGACGAGGCGGUGCUAGUUUAUUAUAUAAACGCAGGAAAGCUUUACCAUUAUGGCGCAGAUGGUUAUGUUGUUGGGAAAGGCCUUCAAGUGGUGCAUAAAUAUAAUUAUUAGACUCUCUAGAAUGUCCUGUGAUCAAGUACGGCUACUUUGUUAUCGGAAUUUUUUAAAACUUAUUAAUAUUUCAAUUAGUUCAAAAGUUCGAUUUUAUUAAUGGAUAACAAAUAUUUGUGAUCUUCUGAUUAUUUUAUCUAUUACAUUAACAAAUACCUCUUUCAAUAUUUAAAAAAUAAUACAAUAAAUUUAGACUUUCAGUGAACUUAGCAUCAAUAUCUGAAAAUAAAUGAUUUUUCACGAUUUUUUAAUUGAGUAGUAUCUUACGCAUACAUUUUGUUCAUUAACAAAUUGUAUAAUGCAUACUUUAUAGAAGAUGUAGAUUAUAAUCUCUCUACUUUUUCUACAAACUUAGGGGAUUGUAUCAGAAUGUUCUGAUAGCUAGAACGUAUGCCGUUAAUAAAACCUGAAGCCAGAUGUGGCAUAAUUUAUUAUAACAUUAAACAUAUUUUUGUUACUAGUAUGUAAUUGGCUGCUUGCCGGUUGUGAUUUUUCCUUUAUCUAUAAGAUCAUUAAUUCUAAAACUUAAACAUGCAUCAUUAUCGCAUUAUUAUUAAUAUUACAUCACAUAAACAAUAUUUAAUCCUGUAUUUUUCCGCGUUGCGAGAUUUACAUAAGAUAUAAAUUUUGGUUAAUAGAUAAAAGUUUUCAAAAUGUUAACCCUUUGCAUGCUCAUUUGUAAUUGUUUAUAACAAUCAAAAUAUGUUAUUUAUUAAUUACUGAAUAUUAAAUAUGCUGAAAAGUAUGAUCUACUAUCUGAAAAUAAAAUGUAAAUGUUUAUUUUUAAUUAAAAAACAAGAGUGCAAAGGGGGUUACAUAUACAUUACAUUAAAAUUAUAUCAUUGCAUUGUUACUACGCACAUAAAUCAAAUCAGUUAUUUAAUAACACACAUUUAUGUAAUACGCAUAAUAUUUGUAUGAAUAAUCUAAUUAUUUGCAAGUACUACUUUCAUACACUGUUUGGAAAUGAAAUAUGAUUAUGAAAACAAUGGAUUUUUAUGGAGUAUUAGAAGAAAUUACUGUUGAAAAUAUUAGUAAGCGCUGUGAUUAUAAAACUUAAAAUUUUUCAAACACUUUUCAUUUUUGUACAUAAAACGUAAAAAGAUACAAGACUGUUAAUAAGUCUUAAAUCUGCUCCCAUGUGACACAAUUUUGAAAGGUGAAAUUAUAUCCUAUAUUAUCUAAAUUAAGCUUUCAAUGAAUUGAUAUCUAGUAAAUACAAUGUUAUCUAGAUCCUUUUAAUAUCAUGUUUCUUUUAUUUCUUUUUCCACAGUGGAACUAGAAUAAUGAUAAAGAGAGAAAGAAUAAAGACUAGGAACUUUGAGUUAAAAGCAAUAAUUGUUGUGUAGCGCGUUACGUUAUUUUAUCUGUUUACAUAAUUAUGAAUAUUUCAAAGUAAUUUUUACAAUUAGUUCAACCCAAUACAUAGAACAAAUUGUUUUAUAAAUUUUCGUAAAACUGUCGAAAUUCAGUUGCAUAUUUAAAAAAAUGAUAAGAAAUAUUGACAUCUCAAGAUAUUGUAUUUUAC